AUGGCGCGAAACUCGGAAAAGGCCCAGUCGAUGCUCUUCCGCUUCCGCGAGGCCCAGGCCGCGGAUCUGGGCAUCAUCGACGCCGGCCGCUCCCGCCGGCCCCGCGGCAUCACGGAGCAGGACUCGGUGCCCAACUGCGAGCGGUGGCGGGGCCAGGUCCUGAAGGAGAUCUCGCGCAAGGUGUCCAAGAUCCAGGACCCGGCCCUCAGCGACUACCAGGUCCGCGACCUCAACGACGAGAUCAACAAGCUCAUGCGCGAGAAGCACAUGUGGGAGGUCCAGAUCCGCAACCUCGGCGGGCCCAACUUCAUGCGCGGCGGCGCGCGGAUGUACGACGAGAGCGGGCGCGAGAUCCCCGGCGGCGGCGGCGGGAAGGGAUACAAAUACUUCGGCCGUGCCCGCGAACUACCAGGCGUCAAGGAGCUCUUCGAGGCGGCGGCAAAGUCGCGGUCGGAAGAGAAGCCGCUCGAGGCGCGCGACGACCUGCGCAAGCAGGUCAACGCCGCCUACUACGGCUACAGCCCCGACGAGGAGGACGACGCGCUGCUGGCCUACGAGCUCGCCAAGGAGAAGGAGGCGGCGGACAACCUCGGCUCGAGCGCCGCCGGCAGGGAACCGCCGCCCGGCUGGGAGCCGCUGCCCGGCGACGUGGGCGACGGCGGGGCGUGGGAGCUGCCGACGGUGGAGGAGGUGCAGCAGGAGCUGAUCGAGAGGAGGAAACGGAGGUUGCUGGACCAGUUCUAA